AUGGACAUCGGCGAAACCAGCAACAACGACACCAUACUCUACCUCCACUCAAUCUCUCCCGCGGGCCGCCUUCUUCCAUCGGCGAGCCGCUGGAACUCCAUCGAAAUGGACUUCAAUCUCUUCCCUCAAUCUCGAAACAACUUGGGCUACAAUUCCCUCCCUUCACGUUUCUCUAAAUCCGUUGAUUUCAAACUAACCGUCACAAAUAAGAAAAACUUCAAACGCUUCAUUUAUGCUUCGUUGGCUGUUGUAUCGCUCAUUGUAGUUCUAUGUUUGCUGUUACAUUUCUUGCCAAACAAGCAACGUCACCAUGGUGCAACAAAAGACCUUACUCUAGCUCUUAAACAGGCUCUCGUUUUCUUUGAUGCUCAGAAAUCUGGAGUGUUGCCAAAAGAUAAUACAGUAAAGUUUCGAGGUGAUUCUGGAUUAGAUGAUGGGAACAAAAGUCUUGUUGGCGGAUUCUACGACUCUGGAAACAACAUCAAGUUUAGCUUUCCAACCGCGUAUACGAUCACGUUGUUGAGUUGGUCUGUGAUUGAAUAUCAUCCCAAGUAUGAAGAAAUCGGAGAACUUGAUCAUAUCAAGAGCAUAAUAAAAUGGGGGAGUGACUAUUUGCUCAAGCUUUUCAUUCGUCCAAACGAAAGUUCUCCUGGUUCGGCUACUUUGUUUUCACAGGUAGGGAGCGUAGGGAAAAACAAAACGUCGACUGAGAAUGAUGACAAAUGCUGGCAAAGACCGGAGGAUAUGCGAUACACAAGGCCGGUUUCUAGUUGCGAUGAGACUGCCUCGGAUUUAGCGGGGGAAAUUAUUGCCGCACUUUCAGCAGCAUCAUUAGUUUUCAAGGAUGACAAGAUGUACUCAACUAAUUUAACCAAAACCGCAAUGGAGUUAUUUGAUAUUGUCACAAAAGAUGAACCCGGGUUUGUUCAAGGUAUGUAUACAACGAAAGAUGAGUGUGGAGGACAAGCAAGAGAGUUCUAUAACUCGACAGGAUACAAAGAUGAGUUAGUCUGGGGAGGGACUUGGUUAUUUUUCGCGACUGGCAAUACGAGCUAUCUUAGAUACACUACAGAAAAUCUUGUUUUGGCUGAAGAAGAAGAAGAAGAAUUAUCGGUAGAUAAAGGUAUCUUCUAUUGGAAUAACAAGUUCACUGCUAACACGGUUUUGUUAACAAGGCUUAGAUACUUUCUUGAUCUUGGAUAUCCAUAUGAAGAAUCCUUCCUAUCAUCAACGAACAAUGUAGACUCGCUAAUGUGUUCGUAUUUGUCUCCUACUAUGCAUAAAACACAAGGUGGAUUAAUACUCCUAAAACCGGAUCAGUAUGCGCCGCUUGAGUAUGCGGCCACCGCGUCCUUUCUUAGCAAACUGUAUAGCGACUAUCUUGCUCUUUUGCAAAGGUAUAGUAGCGGUUGCACUGAUGGUACUAGUUUUUCAGUUGAAAGUUUGAAGGAUUUCUCUUUGUCUCAGGUCAAUUACAUACUUGGAGACAAUCCCAUGAAAAUGAGCUAUGUGGUAGGAUUUAGUAACAACUACCCACAACAUGUUCAUCAUAGGGGUGCAUCCAUCCCAUGGGAUAAUCAAUGGCAUUCUUGUGCAGAAGGUGGUACAUGGUUGAACUCCGAAAAACCAAAUCCCAAUCAACUUUUGGGAGCUAUGGUACGAGGACCCGACCAGUAUGACAUGUUCUUAGACGAAAGGGAUAAGCCGUGGUUCACUGAACCAUCCAUUUCUAGUAAUGCCGGUCUAGUUGCAGCGCUUGUAGCCCUCCAUGAUCCUCCUCAUUCGCCUUCAAGCCUGAAUGGUGCAGGUUCAUUAGGUAUAGAUAGUUACGGCAUCUUUCAUAAUAUUCAUUUAAAUUGAAUCAUAACCUCAUUGAUAACCAAUUUCGAUCUAAUGCUGAGAGUAUUUGGAAGGUUU